AGUGAACAGAUGACAGUACUGUUGCGUAUAAGGUUAUAAAGGGUUUGGUAAUUUUUCACAAUUAUAGAUAUAUUUGAAUAUACUUAAAUAAUGGGCAAUGCUCCGUCGACUAGAGACGAAAAGUUGACUUAUGAUCUUACUUCCAAAGAGGUGAGUGAUAACAGUUGAGCUGCGCUAAAAAUAAGGGCGAUUAUUGAACAACUGAGCGACAAUAGGCUAUUUUUUCGAAAGAGAAACAGAAAACAGCUUCAUUUUGUUAGCAGAGUGCGUAUUUUCCAAGAUAAAUUGUAAUUUUUUUUAGGUGAGAGAUGCAGAAGAAAAAGAAAAAGAUAGUUAUAAGACUUUGGCCUGUAUACUCUCGUCAUCGGAGCUUCGGGAAGCAGCCGCAAGUUUAGAUGAGGAUCUGACGAUGGACCGGAAAAAUGUUUUAAUGGCUCAUCAAAAUUCGUUGAAUCGACGCCUCUCUGAAGUAGCUGCUCACAGUGAAAUGACCAUUCCAAUCAGCAAUUUGGUUGAUAUCGUUCAAAGAGACUGUUCAAAUCAGGCCGAAGCAUACGCAGUUUUGUCUUGUUUGGACACCGAAGGAGAUGGGAUAGCAGAUGUCGAAACUGCUAAGGAUAUUGUUAAAAAUCUUGAUUCUACUGCACAAGAUACAGCGUUGGCCAACAGUGUACGAACUCUCCAAUCCUGCAUACAUGUACCGGGCUUCGUUGAUAUUUAUACUGGAGAGGAAGAUAGAAGGAAUGCCCUCGUUCAUAGCCAAAAAUUAGUUACUUACUUGUUAAAACAUCGAGCUUGUUCAUCUAGUUUUCCACUUUUGCCACUAAGAGCUUUUUCAUCAACACAUUCCAUGAGGAAAGCUGUUAUUAAAGCUUAUAGUAAAGAUUUGACAAAGCCUAAACUUUCAUCUUCAGAAUUCUCAAUGUUUACUGAUAAACCAUUUCAACGUAUUAUAGUAUCGUCAAACGAGAAGGACGCUCAUUUUCUGCUGGACAAUAAUAAUGGUACAUAUUGGCAAUCAGAAGGGGUAACAGGAACUCAUUUUAUUCGAUUGAUAAUGUUGCCGCAAGUGAAUUUGUCCAAGUUAUUUUUGAACGUCUCUACUUACGAUAGUACUUACAUGCCCAAUUUGGUUGUUGUUAGUGCCGGGCCAGGACCUGAAUCUUUAAAAGAAAUAUCACGAUCUAAUAUACCAUCAAACUUUAAAGGUGACUUUCUACUCUUAGACUAUUCUGAAGGAUAUUUUCCAAUUGUACAAAUCAAUAUUAGGCGAACUCAGUCUGAUGGUAAUAACACUAGAGUUCGAGGAAUUAGAGUCGAAGGAAUUCAGUACAAAAAGGACUCUUCAACCCCAACAGCAUUCGAGGCUUCUCAAAUUCUUCUUGCAGAGUUCCUCUUUACAACUGCUAAACUUAUGUCUGAUCUUGUACCAAAUGCUUUAGAAACUUAUGUUGGUCAUUGUACAGCAGCAUUGUCCAACAUGCCUCCAUUAUCUUUAUCAGGAUCAUACUCAUCUAGUUCCCAUGUUUUCGAUAAAAUUCAUCAGCAAGUAUCUGAAAUAGCAAAGAAAAAUCGACAAGUGGCCCUCCUACUCUUUUCAUACAAUUUAGCAAGAGGUCAUUUGGCAGGAAUAUUUCAAUCCUUAAUUUAUCUCUCAAAUCUGAGUUCAUCUGGAGAUAAUAAUGACAGUCAACUACCUCAUCUCGUGAAGUCAAUGAGAGCAGUUCUUAGAGACGAAUUAAGACAACAAUCAGAUUGGCUUGAUGUUCAAUUAAUAGAGACGGAUGGGGUAGAGACAUCCAGCUCUGAUUAUCUCUUCUCGUCUAAUUGGACUUCUCAAACGAUAUCUUAUACAAGUCAACCCAGUAACAACUGUGUAACAUUUGUUUUGAAGGCAACUGCUAAAACUGAUGAAAAUAUUCUGCUGACAAAAUUUCGUAUUCGGUUCGCCAAAGGUGGUAGAGCAUCUAAGCGAGUAUUGAUAUACUUAAAAAACGGCGAUGAUUCAGCCAGUCUUUCAAAUCUCGAUUCUAUGAGUAUAGAGGAAAUUGAUCAACUUAUUGAAAAUCAGCAACUAGCUCCUAAGCCUGAUUUGUAUUUAAAAGUCUUGAAUGAAUGGGAUGAAGUUGAAUACGUCUUAACUGAUUGCCCCCAAGGCGAUUCAGUAGUUAUUAAACUUUUUGGAUUAAAAGAUCCAGAAAAAGAGAGUAUUGGUAUAAUAUCUAUGCACUUGUUUGGUUUACUUAUGAAGAAACCGAGAUUAUCACCCAUAUUAGAUAAAUAUUCAAAUAAUUGUUCUAAUAUAGCCCAAAUAACAGAAUCUCUUCUAAUUUUCGUUUUCUGCCUUGUUCAAAAACGGAAAUGUAGAAAACUGUCAGCCAGGGAUUUAACAGUGACAAACGUCUAUGAUUUCUACAGCCUUAUCCCAAUUGAUCAACAAUUAUUGCUUCUUGAGAUAUUCUAUCUUUUCCUAUCCGAAUUAGAAGGUUCCAAAGACGAUGAAGGAGCAAAGAAACUUUGUCAACACUUAUUUUCAAUUGUCAAUAAUGAAGAUGAGGACCGAUCUAAAAAUCCUAAAUUCCUUUCUCUUUCCGAAAUGAUUUUAGUUGAAGGAGCUAACGUCUUUUUCCCAGAUACGAGCACGCGUACAAAACAAUUAGUUGAUAUGCUUAACGCUGCUAUAGAGCAACACGAAACUAGUCAAGUAAAAAAUUCUGUUGGUUUGAGCUUUCGUUCGCUGUGCUCCUAUUUUAUAAGAAAUGAGCCAUGGAUACUUUUACAGGACGAGGACGAAUCGGACAAUUCUGUUCUAUAUACUCUUUUUCAAGUAGCGGGAAGAGAUGUUGAAAAUGUGCUCAAUGGAAAGCAAGCAUCGCCUCAUUCCGAUGGAGUUAUAUCACUUUUGUCGACAUUAUUGGCUUACAUUAUUUUUAGUAAGCAUAAACAAUAUAAAAAAUACGUGCUCCUUAUAUCCGAAUUGGUUGGAAAAACGUUAAAGAGGCUUCAAGAAUUCGAUUUAGAAACGUUUGAAGACCUUAUUCAGCGCCUAGAUGGUUUAAUAAUAUCAGUUACCUUUAGGCAAUUUAUUUAUUGCCUCUUGGAAGCUACAACUAAGUUUAUUAACAAUGCCGAACGCAGGUGGCUUUUGGAAACGCUCCAACCAAAUUUAUUUCUAUUAUUUAAUAUAUACGAAAAGUUUGGCCCACAUCUUACUAGUAAAAUUAAACGUGAAGAGAAGGAAACUAUCUUAAAAACGUGGCGUGUUGAGUCAGAGCACGAAUAUAGAGCAAACGAACGUAUUCGUAAAACAUUCUUCUGCCCAAAUACUAUGCUAUUUACUGUUGAAUUUGAUCCGCAAUGUGAAACGGAAGCGAGAUAUGACUUUUUAGAAUUUUUCACAUACGAAAAUUCAUUACAUGGUGGUCAUAAAAUUAAAUGCCAUGGUAAAGUUGGUUCAGAAAACUGGCAUAAUUUCAUUACAUUUUACAACUCUGAAAGACUCUACUUUACGUUCAAUUCGGAUGGAUCUCAAGAGCUAUGGGGUUACAAAUUUAAGGUAACUGCUCGAGGUAUACCAGAGCCCGAGCCGUCAUGGCCAAUUGAUAGUUGUUUAGCUUAUGCCAAAUUAUGUGGAACUUUAUGUAGUCAGCUUAUAUCAGAUGUGACUACUUAUAAUUAUAUUGGAUGUGAAGAUGCUAUUGUCGGAGAUAUGCUAAAGAGUGAUUUAUGGAGUGGACUCCUUAGAGCUGGAUUUAUCAAUAAAGAUAGCGACGAGACUUUAACUUCCACUUCGCGAUCUUCUUAUAACCAUUCCGUAUGUGUCGAUGACGCUGAUAUACUACUCUUUAAAAGUUUCAUCGAAUCAGAUCGGCCCAAUGAAUUAGUUGAAAAGUGUAAAGAAUCGAACAAAACGCAGAAUAUUGGAACGGAAGAAAUUGAGAUGGCUGUUAGAUGGACAUUUUAUGCUAUAUUAUAUCAUUCGUAUGAGUUAAGAGGGGAUAUAAGAAAGUUUCUUGAAACUGGUAGGGUAAAUGAGCCUUUGUUAAGUAUUUAUGCUGCUGCCAAUGGCCUACGUAUACACUUGAUUGAAGAAAGACAAAGAAGACGAAGUAAUGUCGAGCCAGAAGAAUCAAAGAAAACUUCCAAUUCGGACGUUGAAAAAGAUGAGGAAGAGUAUGCUACCCAAUGCUUGGAAAAGGCCAAAUUUUUGUUGGAAAUAGCUGCUUUAAAAAAGACUACUCCUUCCACUGGUGGUCAAUUAAAACGUCCAAAUAUACAUAGGGUUCAUCGAUUAAAUUCAACAGGUAGUUUAGCCACUCGCCGUCACAUGAGAGUUGACGCCUCGGCUCUUGACAAAUAUCCAGCAUGUAAAGCAGUCUUGGAAUUUGUAAGAAAUCCAAAUUGGAGUAUUCAGAUAGUCAAGAAAUUAAUUAAGGAUAGAGAAAGACUUUCACGCGAAUUAGCGUUUGUUUACGACUUUGUAAGUGAGUCGAUAAUGAUUAUGAAAUUCUCGGAGCUACCAUCUUUAGCGUUUCUUACAACAUUCUCCCAAACGCAAUCUGAUUGGAAUGAUCACUAUGCUAGCGGUUUAGAUGGUUGCGGUCUUGAAAGUGAAUCCAACGUUAAACGCGCCUAUUAUAAUUUGAUAAAAAGAGCUGUUAAAUAUGUAGCUUCUAGAGAUAGAAGUAGGAUGGAAGGAGACGACAUCGGCUUACAGAAAUUAGAUCAUUUUACUGCAAUUACUCUUCAUUUAUUAGAUGUACAAUGGAGAUCUAACGAUAUGCAAGUCUUGGUAGAAAUGGAUCUACCUAAUUUCUAUGCCAACUUGGCGAAGAGAAGUGUCUCUUUAAUGAAAUUAGAAACUGACUAUGAUGGUGAAAAAUCGAAAAUAGUUGACUACGAGAAACAUAUAAAAUGGUAUAAAGAAGUUGAAUUGACAAAUAAAUUUCACGAAUGGUAUGAGGAACACGAAUUAAAAAAGACAAGAGAAUUGCAAAUGUUCGUUGCUCGUUUUUGCGAUAUUCUCGAAGUGGAUAUCUCUUGUGAUGGUUGUAAUAUGACUAUACCCGGAAAGCGCUAUCGUUGUUUAGAUUGUGCAGAUAUGGAUUUAUGCGCUACAUGCUUUUCUGGCGGAGUGCAACCAAGCUCUGAUACUAAUCAUAAACCUGGGGAGCAUCGAAUGGUACCGCUAUCCUAUAAAUGCGACGAGUGUCGGGCAUUUAUUGUUGGCAUACGAGUUCAUUGUAAUGAAUGCGACGAUUUCGAUUUAUGUGACGGUUGCUUUGCAAAUAACCUAUAUCCAGCCGGACAUGACGCAGCACAUGAUGUAACAAAGCAUCCUUUGGUUAUACUUCGUCAACCAGAUUCUCCUAUUUGGUCAUUGGCAAGUUAUAUUCAUCAGCAUGCUUGGUUAAGUUUGUCAAGUCUUUCUUUAACUGCCUCCCAUUACUCGUCAAUGAAUAAUGAAUCUGCUUCAACGAUCUAUGCACAAUGUAUAGCUUUAACUCAAAAAACUUUGUCAGCAUUGGAGCCAGGUAGAGAUUUAGAUGAAGAAGCCGAUGUUCCUCUAGAAGUCAGACAAGAAUAUGCAUUAGGAGCACACGCAAAUGAACGUUUGAUGGGCUUGUUAUGUGCCAUGCUUCAGCCAGCGUCUGCUCAGCCGAACGAAUUAAUAACAAAGAAUGUUCUCACUCUACUUAUCAAACUUGUUCAUAUUGUUGACGUUCUUGUGGUUGAUGGUAGUCCGAAUUAUCUAGCUCUUGCAUUACUUGUUCGUCUUCUUAGGCAAACGCCUCCAAUAUUAGCUGAUGAAGCGACAAUUGCUGCAACGAAUACGAGCGUUCGCGAAAAUGUUUAUCCAGGAAUAGCUACUAUUCAAGUUUUUUUUGAUUUUGGUGUUGAAAGAUUAAAAUCUGCUGAUUUAGAAUGGACUCAGGCAGUUGUGAUAGCAUUACAAAGAAUUGCUAAAAUGACAUUUUGGAGGGAUGUUGUUGGUGAUGCUGCUCAUCAUUUAAUGACUAGUGUAGAUUCUGAGGCUAAUGUUGAUAAAAUAGUGUUUGCCCUUUUAGUUCUGGGAGGUUUUCCACUUUUACCGUCAAUCGGUGUUGCAACAAAUUUCGGUGAUGGGAGAAGGGGUAUUGUUCUAAAAUAUUUUCCAGAGAAAAAGAUAUCUCUUGUGGUCGAUCUGCUAAGUAGACGAAGAGUGAAAGUUGAAGACGACAAAUUAAAAAUAGCCGAUACUCAGCCGUAUGCUGAUGUUGGGCAUUUAAAAUUUUGUUGCGACCUGGUAUUGAAAGUAAAGAAUUACGACAAGCCGAGUCACGACACAAUCUUUAAAGCCGCUUUAGCCCUUAGAACUUUAAACAAUGCUGCUAUAAACUCAGAUUUACAGAUGAGUAGUGAAAACUUAUUGAAGACACUGGUUUUCCUAGCCUCAACUAGAACUAAAUUAUGCAGCAAUUGGCUUCCGCAGCAUCUUGACAUUGUUGCCCUUAACGUUUAUGCUUUAAAAAAGAAAGGCUGCCUGCAGGUUGUUGACGAACCUAAAUCUUCAAAGACAACAAGUAAAGAGGCUGUUCCUGAAAAACAAGCAGUCACUAGUUUUAUAGAGGGUUUACCCGAAGAGGCAAAGAAAUUGAUAAAAAAGAUUAGACCAACACUUGACGUUGACUGGCUAAGGGAAGUGCGCAGUGCUUUGACUGAUCCUCAGUUGUUUCUCGAUAUGCUUCGGGAGACGGUUGAAGCUCAAAAAGAUCAUGCCAGGUCUCCAUGUUCGUCUGAAUCUUCCUCCAGUUCAUCUCGCUAUCGCUCUUAUUCAUCUGAUUCGUCAGAUGACAGUUUUUGCGAUCUUAUGGUCACAUCAUGUAAAAUCGAAAAUAACGACGCCGACGAUGAUGACGACGACGACGACGACGAUGACGACGACGAUGAUGAUGACGAUGACGACGACGAUGACGACGACGAUAAUGAUUAUGACGAUGAAGAUGUAGCAUAUGAAAGAAAAGCUUUUAUCAUAUCCAGCGAUGGAAUUUUGGCAUCAAAUAAUACGCCAAAAGGUGAAACUGUUGUAGACGAUUCACAAUCGGUCAUAGCAAAGGAUGAUACUGCUGAUGAUGACAGAGACGAAGUUCUUGUAACUCCUGCCGAUAAAAAUAGCGAAAGUGAUGCUACUAAGUACCGAAAAUCUUAUAAAGCUAUGCAAAAGAAGCUAAAUCAAUUGAAAAAGAAUCAGACGGAUGUUGGCGAAAUAUGUCGGGCUAUGUGUGUACUUCACGCUCGGCGUCUACUUUGUACCUUAUUAACAGAUUGGCAAGGGGCGUCGAUACCUGCUUCCAUUUUGGGUUGUGGAAAGCCUGAGAGGGUACCAUCUGUACUCGACGUCUUAAACACAAAUGAGAGAACCUUUCAACAGGUGGUUGAAAGUGUCCUAUCUCACGUUGAUUCAAGUGUAUUAGGGACAUUAUCAAGAGCGGCCUGCAAUCUGGUCCGAUCAAGUAUUUUUAAAGUGAGAGAAAGUCGCCAUAACUAUAAUAGAGUUACUGAAGAUGUUCAAGAAGUUAAAAUAGUGGGCGUUCAUGCUCUAAAUAUAUCAUUCGACAAGGAAUCCUGUCUUGAGAGCGGAGAUACUCUUAUUUUGUCAACUUCCAGAGAUCUUACAGAAAAUAGAAAAGAAAUAACGACCGAUUGGAGUUCAAGGAUACAAUUCACAAAUGACACAUUCUACUAUAGGUUAGAAUGUACAAGUGUUUCAAGCAACACGAUAGCAACAAAAUGGGGCUAUAAAAUGAAUAUAACAGCGGAGAAACCAACUAAUUUCGAUACAGGUUUCAAAUUAUUAACCCAAUUACUAAAUGCUCAUGCUCAGUAUUUACCCUUGAAUGAAUUGUGGGUAAUUCUUGUGCGGGAAACCUGUAAACAAACAGGUAGAGAGAGAAGGAAGAUUAUUCAACUUUUGUUAGCUUUACUUAAUUCUGCCAAAGUUAUUGAGAAGAAAGUUGAUAUACUUAUUUUAGCGCCUAUUUGGCGCGCAUACUGCAAGAUAAAAACAAAGGAUGAAACGAAACCAGCCUCACCUCUGUGCAGAGCUCUAACAGAAUUUUUUACAAUUGUCGAAGAAACUGCCAUUUUUUGGAAACUCCAGGCUUCCUACAGAGCUUCUCUUGGAGAUACCGAUCAGAUUGUAGCUCUAUUCAAGCAGGGUAUCCUACUAGUAAAAGCUAUAAAAAAACAAAUUGAGGCCUAAAUAGUCAAUUUUAACAUUACAGACAAAAAAUGCAUGAUCAAAAAAAAUUUGCUUAUUGAACUAAUUUGAAAAAGACUGAAAUUUUAGUUGAAUUUUUCCUAUUACUUUUGAAUCAUCUCUGCUGUGCUUAGC